AUGAAACUUUGUCCAUCAGAGAGUAGCCAUGGUACGCUCAAGUUGGAUAUUCGCUCACAAGAUGCAGUGCUUGCUCUGGGAAUCUAUUUACUGGAGUCUGGACUGCAGUACAAGGACAAAAUCCUUCCUUAUUUGCUGAGUGUUCUUCGGGACCUACCAAAAGCCCAAUGGAUUGAUGGACCAAAAGGGACACAAAAACACAGACUACCCAUGGGAGAGUGCUUCAGUUUCUGUCUGAAUACAAUUCUCAGUGAUGUAGCUCACACUGAUGGAGAUGUUCGAGAUCAGAUUCUGUCAGCUCAAUUAGACACAAUGGUUGUACUGACCACACUUUGUCAAGGGACACAUGACAUACCUAAAGAAACUUUGUGCACUUCCAUUGUUCCAACUUUGAUUGGAAUGGCACGGGCUAUUGGCCGUUCCUCUGAUGACAAGACACCACUUAUCAAUCUGCUGUUUCCUCUACCAAGCCAGUGUUUAGCUACAGUCGAAUCCCCUGAAGAUACAAAUUCCCCACCUAAGCGGCCAUUUACCAAAUUUCGCUCCAUCUUUCCUCGGACGCUGUCCUCACAUGUAAUAACCCCAGAAAGCCCCACCAGUCCUACCCCAGGAACAACAGAGAAUCCAGCUGACUUCCGUCGAGAACGGUCACCUUCUCCUAUGGCACCGACUCAGCAGAAGAUUGGCUCUGCAGAUGAUAUGCUUGAUCCUACAGUUCGCUAUUUCAACAAAGUUGGCUCCAGCUUUACCAGAACGAAACCCUGGGGUUUUGAAAUUAUUCCAGAGGAAGAUCACCUGAAAUUUUCCAGUUCACAGCUUCAAACACUCGUCAGUGUGUCUUUCUACCUCCUCACUCUCUCCUCCUUGCUCUCUCACUUAUCUCCUCCUCGCUCUCUCUCACUUAUCUCCUCCUCGCUCUCUCUCACUUAUCUCCUCCUCGCUCUCUCUCACUUAUCUCCUCCUCGCUCUCUCCUUAUCUCCUUAUCUCUCCUCUCCUCUCUCACUUAUCUCCUCCUCCUCUCUCUCCGCUCUCUCCCUUAUCUCCUCUCUCUCUCUCUCUCCUCGCUCUCUCCUCCUCUCGCUCUCUCUCACUUAUCUCCUCCUCGCUCUCUCUCUCCUUAUCUCCUCCUCCCUCCUCGCUCUCUCUCCUUAUCUCCUCUCACUCUCUCAUCUCCUCCUCGCUCUCUCUCACUUAUCUCCUCCUCGCUCUCUCUCACUUAUCUCCUCCUCGCUCUCUCUCACUUAUCUCCUCCUCGCUCUCUCUCACUUAUCUCCUCCUCGCUCUCUCUCACUUAUCUCCUCCUCGCUCUCUCUCACUUAUCUUAUCUCCUCCCUCUCCUCUCUCCUCUAUCUCCUCCUCGCUCUCUCUCACUUAUCUCCUCCUCGCUCUCUUCCCCAAUGUAUUAUGCUGCUCCUUUUCCAGCUUUGCAGAUUUGUUAA